AUGACUCAAGGCCUCUUCGACGAGCCGACCCCUAAUCGUGUCGCACAUACGCCGUAUUCCCUUGCUUUCUCGCGAAACGAGGAUUACCGCCAGGUCGUCCUGCUCCAGACGGGCUUCUUUGCACCGAUGAUGAAGUCUUUGUAUGAGGCUGUCAAGUCGUCAGAAGCUGCCAAGGGACGGUCCGCUUUCAACCUUGCAAUGGAGACCGACGACCCUUUCUACGCCUACGUCUCGAAGCACCCGGAGCUGACGAAACGAUUUGGCGCCAGCAUGAGAUUUGUGUCGAGCGCCGAGGACACGAGUCCACAAUUCCUCUCCGAUGGCUUCGACUGGGCCAGGCUGGGAAAGGCACAUGUUGUUGACGUCGGUGGCUCGAUGGGUCAUGUCAGCGCGUCCCUUGCAAAGACAUUUCCACUGUUGCACUUUACGGUACAAGAUCUGCCUGCCAUGGUCGCCAGAGCCAAAGCGUCGCCAUCGGCGUCGCUGUCACAGCUAGAGUUUGUCGAGCAUGACUUUUUCCAGCCACAACCCGAGGCGUCUCGACAAGCCGACGUCUUCUUGCUCAGGUUGGUCUUGAACAACUGGCCGACCUCAAAGUGUCGGGAGAUACUGUCGCAAAUCGCGGCCGCCAUGAAACCAAGUGCCAAGGUGGUCAUCAACAAUUUCCUCCUGCACGAUCGAGGUACUCUGGGGAAACGUACCGAAGCACUAGAGCGUGCGAGAGACUUGUUCCAGAUGGCCGCGAUGAAUGGAAUGGAGAGAGACGUCCAAGAAUGGCACGAGUUGAUCGACGGCGUUGACGGACUGGAUAUUGAGAAGGUGGUGCCGCAGGUUGGUGGUAAGCAAGUGUUGGUUGUCGCACGCAAGAGUGCCCAGUAG